GGGCGGGGCGGGGCCGCACCUGUCCAGCGCGGCUGGGGGGGCGAUGGGGAGGGGACCCGCGCCCCGGAGCAGCUGCGCGCCCCGCCCCGCGGGCUCCUCCCCGCCGCCGCGGCCCCGGGGCUAUUGCCCCGAUGCUCUGCGCCCGGAGCCCGGGCCGUGUCGCCGCAGCAGCUGUUGGGGCGCCCGGGCGGGUGACGCCGCCACCGCCGCCGCCGCCGCCGCCCGCGCCCGUCCCGGACCCUGCAGGCCACAUGGAGCCUCCGGAGGGCGCUGGUCCCGGAGAGACUGUUAAAGAGGUCGAGGUGCCCCGGGCCGCCCUGGAUGUCCCAGGCCAUGAGAUGGGAGACAGCUGCCACACACCUGUGACCGAGGAGGAGGGCGGCAUCCCAAUACCAGCACCAGGGCUCCUGCAGGUCACAGAGAGGAGGCAGCCCCUGAGCAGCGUCUCUUCUCUGGAGGUCCACUUUGACCUCCUGGACCUCACCGAACUGACCGACAUGUCCGACCAGGAGCUGGCUGAGGUUUUUGCUGACUCGGAUGACGAGAACCUGACCAAUGACUCCCCAGCAGGUCUGCACCCGCUACCCCGUGCCGGCUGCCUGCGCUCCCCCUCUUGGACGAGGGCAAGGGCAGAGCAAAACCGCGAGAAGCAGCCCCUUGGCGACCCGGAGCGGCAGACGGCAAUCGUGGACACGUUUCUCACCAUAGAGAGACCGAAGGAGGACUAAGCUUUCCCCAGGUGUCCCAGAGCUGCUACAAGGCUGGGGCCAGACCACCACUGCAAUGGUAAACCCCAACAGUUGUGGACACACUGCUCUCCCCAUGAGGCUCCAGCCAUCACCUGACAGCAGGUCAGGGCCAAGGGUGCCACCACAGGAGGCCCGCCGGGUCUGCAGGGCACAGCCUUGGCCCAUUCCCCUGGGGACACGGUGGGCCCCAGCACAAGCACAGCCUGAGGGCCUUGCAUCACGCUUGUUCCUGAGCCCUGGAACGGGGACGGAAAUGCUGUGGAGUCACUGCCAAGGAACCCAACAAGUGGACAACGGUGGCCUAGGCCUUCCAGAAACUUCCAUGUGUAGGAUCACUGCUCCUAUCAGAAGAUUCGUGUGUGGGCUCAAGAUGAGGGGGACCUGAGCCUAUGGGAGCUGCUCCAAGAAAUCCCUGGCGGGUCUCCACUCAGAGCUUCCCCGAGGUGGCAGUGGCUACCGGAACACUUUGCUGUCUGGCAUGUGCAUAAGGGGUCAGUCCCCAAAUUUCCACCUCAAUUUCAACUCUGCCUCCUUCCUCUGCCCAUGGGAGAUACUGUUGGCACCAGGGUCUCCUCCCCAGGCCCCUUCUAAGACCUGCACUCACUUCUCUUGGUUGGCCCGUUUCUUCUCCAGCUCAGAACACCGAAAGUUGCCAGACAGCCUCAGAACCUCAGUAACUCCUCCCUCUCCUGCAUCCCACACAAGGGUGCAUACUUGGGUCAGUUCUCCACAUCCCACUGCCCAGGUUGUGCCCACCCAAGGCCGUCAGACACAUUUGGCAGGCCUCGUCUGGGAGGGUCUCUACCCUAGGAGCAGCCCAGGAAGGAACAGGGGAGGCAGGGCUGCGAUGGGAACUUCAGGGGCACCCAGGCCAGUGGAUCCAGACAGCAAAGUCAGAGUGGCUUCAAACUGAAAGUUCAAGCUUGCUUCCCAAGCCAACCUGCCCUGCCCUGUUCCCCCACUAAAAUACUCUGGCUAGGACACAGGGUCCUCCCCUUCAUCUUCACUGGACUCCUGGGGAGAGAUGCCCUAGGCAUGCAUGGGGCUCCUGCUGCGUGCAGAGCACUUUGGGACUCUCCUACUUCUGAGGCACCCCCUCUGCCUCUGCACUCUUGUCCCCGGAAGGCACAAUCAAGUCUCCUAAGAUGAAAAAUGCCCCUGGUUUCCAACCCACAUGGCGAAACAUCCCUGCCUACCCCUACCUAGCAGGCUCCCUCUCCUGUGCCAUCCCUCCUGCUCUUGCUCCCAAACAGCUCAUUUACAGAGUGGGAUUAAAGCAUCAACCCCCUCA